GCGACUUUCUUAAUGUAAACAAACAGUAGGCUAAUCGUGAGCAUGGCGAUACAUAUGGACAGACUCGUAAAGGCCACUUUCUGUGUGGGAACAAGCUCUGUGAGAAGGAGAAGGACCUGAAGAGCUGGGAGGUGAACUUUGCCCAUGUGGAGCAGGGAGAGAAGAGAAACAUACUGGUCAAACUCAGAGAAAGGAGGUGAUCGCCAAGAGAAAAAGACAAGUCGUCUGAGGAAAAUCAAGUUGAGCCACAGGCAAAAAGAUCCAAGAAAGCAGAGACAAACAUCAGAAGAGACACAAAGGCCCCUCCUAACGCUCCUCCCCAGUAACUCUGAGGACGACUCCCAGCAGUCAGACAAAGGAGAGGGAGAACACAGUGAGGAGCCAAAGGGCCUGUCGAAGGCAGACCACUGGAAAGGCCCAGCCCCCACCGUGGAGGAGGAGUCCAGGGAGGAGGAGUUAGACGAGUACUUUGAGGACACGUUUCUUUCACCACCCCACCCUUGGAUUUCUGCCAGCAAGAGUCAACAUGCAAGUGUCAACAUGCAAGUGUCAACAUGCAAGAGUCAACAUGCAAGAGUCAACAUGCAAGAGUCAACAUGCAAGAGUCAACAUGCAAGAGUCAACAUGCAAGAGUCAACAUGCAAGAGUCAACAUGCAAGAGUCAACAUGCAAGAGUCAACAUGCAAGAGUCAACAUGCAAGAGUCAACAUGCAAGAGUCAACAUGCAAGAGUCAACAUGCAAGAGUCAUGCAAGAGUCAACAUGCAAGAGUCAACAUAGAUUUGAUUGAUUUUCUAUUAGACGUUGUUAUCUUCAUUUAAUAUUUCAGUUUGUCUGAAGCUGAAUAAAAUGCAGGUUAUUUUUUAAACCUGAGCUUCUAA